GGAGAGAGUAUCUCGCCUAUUCUCAGUUCUCAGUUCAAACCUUACGGAGAGCUUCUCAAGUCAUUGAAUCUUUACUCAUAAGAGUAUGGACGCCUAAGAGGUGACCUUUUGGUGCGUUUUAACAUACGGAGCACCCUCUCAAAUAUUUUCUUUGGCUCAGUCUUGACACAAGCUUUAAAAGUAGUACCUAAAAGUUAUAAUCACGACAUGACGAAACGAACUGUCGGCACAUCUACCCUCUAAGGGUGGUAAAAUCCUGGAAUUCACUGUCGUUUAAAGUAGUCCAAGCAACUUCCCAGGAGUCUUUUAAGAACAAGCUUUACAUAUUCUUAAGGACUUAAUACAGUAUCUCAGUACGAGUUACUUAUAUUAUUCUUUUUAUCAUUAAUUAUACCUAUGUUCCUACAUGGAAGCAUCAAAGAUUCACUGUUACUAGAUAUGGAAAUCCGUUAAGCAAGGGCUUGUUCUAUUUCAUCCAUUACCAUCUGAACCACUCUCUCAACUCAUAUUUUUAUUAAACGUAGAGUUAUGACAUAUUUAUUGAUUGCCACUAUCCAUUGUUGAUGCUCUUCAUAAAUUACAAAUCGAAUGUAAUUUGUGUCACGCGUUUCUGUCAUCUUAUAAAACUAUAUACUCUAUGUGACACUCCACGUAUUUUGUUUAGCCUUGAGAAUUCCCAGAAAACUAAGUAGAUUAGUUGUUUAAAGUCAGAAUUAUAAGAAUUUGAGAGUAAUUGAACAGUAAUAGACUGAAUUAACUGAAAGUAUUUUAGUCCGUCACCAGUGAAAUUAUGAGUAAUACCUAGCUUUCUUAUGAGAGUAUUUGCUAAUAGAUUUAACAUGGGAUCUCUCAGUCUGAGGGGAAGGAAUCAAAGGCGUAUGUUAAAUAUUUUGGCAUGCGGUUUUGUUUACCUAGUUUGUUUUUGAGUUAAUCAGUCAGAUGGUCUGAUAGUUUCUUUUAGUAGUAUGUCCCAGGAGUUGGUUACUCUUUAGACUAAUCUAUGAUCGUGUAGAAUGUGUCUACGAAAAGAGAAUGACCUCCAUGCCUAUUACGAGAUAGUUUUGUUACAAACAGAUCUCUUAUUGUAUUAUUAAUUAAAAUACCAGAAUUAUCCAAAACUAUUGCAAAACGUUAUCAUGGUAUACAAUUGUUAAUAAUGAAAUGGUUGUAUCAAGUUACUAAUAAAUCAAAUGGAUUGGUUAGUAAAAAUAUCAGCAUGGAAACUACACAAACAAUACUGGAUAAGAAUGCAGCUUGUAGACAAUCGUUAAAACAACAAAUUAAUCUAAUCAAUGAAUCGCAAAUUCCUACAACGAAAGAAGAAAAGCCAGAAAUGAUAAUCAAUAGAAAGAAAACACUUGAAAAUAAGAAUAUGAAUGUAAAACAAGCAGCGAUUAUUAUCCAGUCAAAUUGGAGAGGUUACUCUGAUAGAAUGAAAAUAAAACGUAUGAAUGAAAGCAUUGGAAUUUUACAGCGACAUUUUAGAGAACGUCAAUUGAAAAAAUUAGAAAAUGAGCAACAAAUUCAACUUGAAAAAGAAUCUCAGAUUAUGAUCACAAAAAAUCGUCAUAAACGUUAUCGUGAGAAGUUAGAAACAGAAAUUAAAUUAUGGUCAAGUUUACCUGGUUGUUUAGUUGAAAAUGAAUGGAAUAAAGAACGUGAAUUAGCUGCUAUAUCUAUUCAACGAUAUUAUCGUGGUUACUAUGUACGAAAAUAUUUGAAAAAUCAACGAGAUUAUUUAAAACGUGAUAAAGCUGCUAGAAUAAUUCAAUUGAAUUUUCGUAAAUAUUUAUCACGUAUAGAAUGUGCAUCGUCUGGAAAAGGUGUAUCUAACAUAGAUUCAACAGAGAAUAACUUAAUCAAUAAUAAAAAGUUGGAAAUCACUAUGAAGAAAGUUCUCAAAGAACAUCAAAAAUGGUGUGAAACACAUCAGCAAAGUAUGAGACCAAUCAAUCAAUUAGAACAUGUCCAUAAAGAGACUCAAGUCAAAAUUGAUCAGUAUCGUCGUAAUUGUCGAGUUAACAGUAUUAAAAGUCAAACUAGACAAGUGACAUUAACAAGAAUGAAGAUCGACGCCGAUUUACUGUUGAAUGAGUUCACUGACGAAGAAAAAGGAGAAAAAGAUAAAGAUAAACAAUUAAAAAAUGGAAUAAAACUCAAGAAAACAACAGCACUAAAUGAAAUAGUUGAUAAACAUAUUGAAAAUUCUGAUAUAACUAAUGCAUUUAGUCAAUUCACUUGUCGAGUUCAACCACUGACACGUUUAGCUCAAAUGGAACAUCAUGAUAAAAUGAUAAGAAUGAAUUUAAACAAAUCAUGGUGGAAUAUAUUCAUGGAUGAAUGGAGAAAGAAACAAGAUGAGUAUAUACUAUCGUAUAAUAAAAAUUGCUCAAAUUUGAUAGAUACCAACGUUACUAAUUUAAAUGUUGAUAAUGAUGAUUUAUCAUGGUUACCUGAUCGAUUUAUUGAAGAAUUGGAGAGUCGGGAUAUUUUUCAGUGGUGAAAUAUGCCUUUUUCUUUGAAUUAUAUCUUUUUACUUAGGGUAAUGCAUACGAAAGUAAACUAGAUUGAUCAGAAUUAAUUUUAUUACUAAGAAAAAAUCAUAUGGAUUUCAGGAACUGAAUUCAAUAUGUUGUACUUUAAAUUUUUGUACACCACCCCGGUGAUAACAGAACCUGUUACCUGAUGUUACAUUCCAACAGUGGAUUAAAAUGUUUCAUGAUGUUUUCAUAUAGUCACAACUGAUUGCUCACUGGGUGGUGAUCAAUGUCAUGUGUGUCAAGUCCUUAUUUAGUGCAGAUCGAAUGCUAUCGACCAUGUUGUAAUGUGGCCACCAGUCUAGGUGACUCGACACUGAGUGCACUAUAUAUUAAGAUUAGAUGGUGGUUGAAGGUAGUCGAUAGGAAACCCUGGACCCGAGUUUAGUGCUACUUGGCACUCGUCAGCAAGGUGUACCUGUAAUCUUGAGGGACCUGGUGCUCCCUGGCGGAUUCGAUCCAGUGUCACUCAGCUUCACAGUCAGAGACGUUACCACGACUGACCAUCUGUAGGACUGAGAUUUAAUCACAAUUGAUUGAUCACUGGGUGGUGAUGGGAAGAUACAAGUAAACAAUACCAAGUGAAGUUAAACUUCACCCCAAUACACAAACAGGUGGCUAUCAGGACUCAGUUGCUAAGUGGAUAAAGUGAUGGCGUUUGAAUCGAACGCUACCGGGUUUGAGUCC